UGAGCCAUGGCUAUGACUAGUGUCAGGUUGCCUGCCAGCAUUUUAAGAAAGCCAGAUGCUUGGAUUGGACUCUGGGGAGCGCUCUGGCGGACACCUUCUUCCUACAAACCCUGUGCUUCCUGGAAUCAGUACUUACAUUUUUCAUCUACCACUUUAAAUGCAUCAAAUUAUAAAACACAUUUGCGCAGUGUAUUUUCACUAAGACUCCCAGGCCUCUUAAUAUCUCCAGAAUAUAUUUUGCCAUUGUCCAAGAGACUCAAAAGUAUUAUAAGCUCUAAAAAAUCCCCUAAAAAGACUCUGCAGAAAGUGGAAGAUGAAGAGUCUGAUGAAGAGAGUGACCACAGUGAGAUAAGUAAGCAGGAAGAGGAGCUGGAGGAUGACCCCAGUGUGGUCAAAGACUAUAAGGACCUGAAAAAAGUGGUGCAGUCCUUUCGGUAUGAUGUUAUCCUGAAGACUGGUCUAGACGUUGGAAGAAACAAAGUGGAAGAUGCAUUCUACAAAGGAGAACUCAGGCUGAAUGGGGAAAAAUUAUGGAAGAAAAGCAGAACGGUAAAAGUGGGAGAUACAUUGGAUCUUAUCAUUGAAGAAAAUAAAGAAGCAGAAACAGACACAGUAAUGCGAAUUCUCCUGAAAAAAGUGCUUGAAGAGAAAACUGAAAGUGAAAAAUACAAAGUGGUAUUACGGCGGUGGAAAAAGUUAGAAUUGCCUAAGAAGAGUAAAUCUAAAUAA